UUCGUUUCCACAAUGCAGGGAAAGGGGUUCGAUUUAGUUUUGAAACUCCACUGUAUUCUCUGCUUGGUUUCUGCAAUUCAAAGGAAAGAUCUUUUCCCCUUUGGUCCACACACAGGGGACCUCACCCUCCAGGAAGGCGACGAUGAAACCUCUGAAGUUAUCAUGCUCAAAAGGCCAAUUGUUUUUUAUGAUACACAGUUCGACAAUCUUUACGUAGGAACGAACGGCGUCAUCUCCCUCCAGGAUUUGCCCAGGGAGACCCAGUACGUGGAUGAUGGAUUGCCACUCGAUUUCCCAGUGAUAGCCCCCUACCUGUCGGACAUCGACACCAGUCGUGGCCGAGGGCGGAUAUAUUACAGAGAAGACAAUUCCUCUGCUACCUUGGACCGCGCCGGCCAAGAAAUCAGGAAAGCCUUUCCCCAGAGCUCAUUCACUCCGAGUAAUACGUUCAUCGCCACUUGGGAGAACGUGGCGCCUUAUGAGGAAGUGACGCGCUCGACUCCCUCUUCUAACAGGUUCAACACUUUUCAAGCAGUAUUGGCUUUUGAUGAAUCAAAUACCUACGCGAUUUUUCUAUACCCAGAGGAUGGGUUGCAUUUCUUUGGCACCCGUCCGAAGGAAUCUUACAACGUUCAGAUCGAGUUACCUGCUCGGGUCGGCUUCAGCAGAGGAGAAACUGAGUUCACACAGUGGAGACGAGAAGGUUCUUAUUAUAGUAUCACCAGCAGUGAGCAAUCUGUGAAAAAUCUCUAUCAGAUGGGCAAUUCAGGUGCUCGAGGAGUGUGGAUUUUUCAUAUUGGUGGAACUUCCUCCUUCAACAAUAUAAUGCAAGCAAAAGUCAGAGGGGAGCCUUCAGGAGAGGACACCAUUGUUACAUUGGACAGUGCCUUGAGUGGUCCAGUUAUCCCUGAUGCGCAGGAAUCGGAUUAUACAGAAACUGAAGAUUACAAACAACAUUAUGAAGAGUCUGAAUACACGUCCCACAUUUCCACGGCACCUCAUGGGAGAGUUGGUGGUGUUCCAGAGGACCCACCAUAUCCAGAUGCAGGCAUUAUACCAUCCUAUCCUGAAGGCUAUCCAGAGGCAGGCAUUAUGUCAUCAUAUCAUGAAUCUGGGGCUUUUCCAUCAUACCCAGAAAGAGGUCCUGAGGUUGGGACUGGGCUGAGGUACCCAGAUGGAUACUCCAGAGUUGUGCCUUUGCCUAGAAACCCGAUACCAGUUUCAUCAGACAGACGUGUUGUCAGUGUGGAUGAGGAUGAAGAGCUAGGUACUGGCGUCUUCACUUACAGUACAGAUACAAGGGAAACCUGCGAGAGAAACCAGGAGCAAUGUUCCCAGAAUGGCUACUGUACUGAUUACUCGAGUGGAUUCUGCUGCCAUUGCCAUUCUGGUUACUAUGGCAAUGGAAGGCAAUGUCUACCAGAAGGUGUUACUCAGCGUGUAAAUGGAAAAGUAAAUGGAAAAUUAAUGGUUGGAGCCAGUCAACUGCCUGUGGAGUUUAAGAAUGCUGACCUGCAUGCAUAUGUAGUUGUGAAUGAUGGGAGAGCCUUUACAGCAAUUAGUCAAAUUCCUGAGUUAGCAGGUUGGGCAAUGCAAUCAUUAUCUAUAAUUGGAGAUCUUUUUGGAUGGCUGUUUGCCGUGCAACAACCGGGCUUCAAAAAUGGCUUUAGCAUUGCAGGUGCCAAAUUUAUUCGCAAUAUCGAUAUCACCUUUUAUCCAGGCAAUGAGCAGUUAAAUAUAAUGCAAAUAGCUCAAGGUUUGGAUGCACAGAAUUAUCUCAGUGUAACUACUGAGAUCGAGGGAGAGUUGCCCAGUAUUGCUGCAGGAGCUAGGGUCCAGAUCCAGCCAUAUGAUGAAAUUUACUACCGCUCCAGUUCUGCAAUUACCUCUACGGCCUACAGGGAUUAUUCUGUUGAAUCUGGAAAUGGUGAGCGACAGACGCUUCGUUAUCAAUUGAGACAGAACAUUACCUACUAUGACUGUGAGCAUGCACCAACGACCAUCCCUGAAGCCCAACAACUUAAUGCAGAGCAUUUUGUUCUAUAUGAUCAGAAUGAACGGGUGGUUAGAUAUGCAAUGAUCAACCAGGUGGGACCUGUCAGAGAUAACUCCAGGCCUGAAACUGUAAAUCCAUGUCGGGAUGGAAGCCAUACCUGUGAUCCAAAGGCACAGUGUUUCCCAGUGAAUGACCAUGACCACAUCUGUACAUGUGCACCAGGCUAUGAAGGAGAUGGCAAGGUUUGCUCAGAUAUUGAUGAGUGUGCUGGUGGUAAUUCCCAUGAAUGUGGUGAAAAUACCGAUUGCAUCAAUGUCCCUGGAUCCUAUGGAUGUGAGUGCAAGCAAGGCUAUGCAAUUCCAGAGGGUGGCAACACAUGUUGUCCAAGACUAAGAUGUUUUCUUUCUUUAGGACUUGAAACGCGUACAAAGACAGCUUGUGAGGAGCAGCGUGACAGUGCACAAGCACAGUUCAGCCCUCGUGGACCUCGGCCACAUGUUGGAAUCCACAUUCCUCAGUGUGACGAACAGGGCAACUUCAAGCCACAACAGUGUCAUGGCAGUACGGGCCAGUGCUGGUGUGUGGACACAUGGGGAAGGGAAAUCUCUGGAACCAGAACACUCCCUGGAAAUAAUCCACCACAGUGUGGACUUGUAGUAACCAAUGGACGUCCAAAAACAGCUUGUGAACAGCAAAGAGACAGACUGCAAGCAGCAAGCGUACAUGGGCCCCUUAUUGGACUUCACAUCCCUCAGUGUGAUGAAGAAGGGAACUUCAGGCCGAUGCAGUGCCACAGCAGCACAGGCUACUGCUGGUGUGUGUACGAAAAUGGGCAGGAAGUUACAGGGACAAGGACAGCGCCUGGAACUGGUCAACCACGCUGUGAGCUCCCAACAGCCAACGAGCGCCCAAAGUCUGCUUGUGAGCAGCAGCGAGAACGGUUAGAAACGCAGAUGAGCUUGCAUGGAUCUCGACCGUUGUUUGGACUCCACAUCCCUCAGUGUGAUGAAGAAGGGAACUUCAGGCCGAUGCAAUGCCAUGGCAGCACAGGCUACUGCUGGUGUGUGUAUGAAAAUGGGCAGGAAGUUAUAGGGACGAGAACGGCACCUGGAACUGGUCAGCCACGUUGUGGACUGGCAGCAUCCAAUGAACGCCGUAAAACUGCAUGUGAAGAGCAGCGAGAAAGAUUACAAAUAGAGUUGACUGCACAUGGACCUGAACCUCGGGUGGGACUCCACAUCCUUCAGUGUGAUGACGAAGGGAACUUCAGGCCAAUGCAAUGUCAUAGCAGCACAGGGCACUGCUGGUGUGUGAAUGAAAAUGGACAGGAAGUUCCUGGGACCAGGACAGCACCUGGAACUGCUCAACCACGCUGUGGGCUGCCAGCAACCAAUCAGCGUCCAAAGUCUGCCUGUGAGCAGCAGCGAGAACGGAUGGAAACGGAGAUGAGUCCGCGCGGGUCUCGGCCAUUAAUUGGACUGCACAUCCCUCAGUGUGAUGAAGAAGGGAACUUCAGGCCAAUGCAAUGUCACAGCAGCACAAGAUACUGCUGGUGUGUGAAUGAAAAUGGAGAGGAAAUCCCAGGGACUAGGACAGCACCUGGAACUGAUCAACCACGCUGUGGGCUGCCAGCCAACAAGCGCCCAAAGUCUGCCUGCGAGCAGCAGCGAGAACGGAUAGAAGCGGAGAUGAGCCUGCGUGGGCCUCUUGUUGGACUCCACCUCCCUCGGUGUGAUGAAGAAGGGAACUUCAGUCUGAUACAGUGCCACAGCAGCACAGGCUACUGCUGGUGUGUGUAUGAAAACGGACAGGAAGUUCCAGGAACGAGGACUGCACCUGGAACUGGUCGACCACGCUGUGAGGUGCCAGCAACAAAUGAACGUCCAAAGUCUGUCUGUGAGCAGCACCGAGAACGGGUAGAAUCAGAGAUGCGUGGAUCCCAGCUCUUGAUUGGACUCCACGUCCCCCAGUGUGAUGAAGCAGGGAACUUCAGGCCCGUGCAGUGCCACAGCAGCACAGGCUACUGCUGGUGUGUGUAUGAAAACGGACAGGAAGUUCCAGGGACGAAGACAGCACCUGGAACGGGUCGACCACGCUGUGAGGUGCCAGAAACCAGUGAACGUCCAAAGACUGCUUGUGAACAGCAGCGAGAGAGGCUGCAAGCAAUACUGAGCCUGCGUGGACCCCUUGUUGGAUUCCACGUUCCUCAGUGUGAUGAAGAAGGGAACUUCAGUCCAUUGCAGUGCCAUAGCAGCACAGGCUACUGCUGGUGUGUCUAUGAAAAUGGACAGGAAGUCCUAGGAACAAGGACACCGUCUGGAACAAGUCAACCACGUUGUGGGCAGCCAGGAGCCAAUGAGCGCCCAAAGUCUGCCUGUGAGCAGCGGCGAGAACGUUUAGAAAUGGGGAGUAGUCUGCAUGGGUCUCAGCCAUUAAUUGGACUCUACAUCCCUCAGUGUGAUGACGAAGGGAACUUCAGGCCAAUGCAAUGCCACGGCAGCAUAGGCUACUGCUGGUGUGUGGAAGAAAAUGGACAGGAAGUUCCAGGGACGAGGACAGCACCUGGAACUGAUCGAGCACACUGUGAGCGGACAGUGACCAAUGAGCGCCCAAAGUCUGCCUGUGAGCAGCAGCGAGAACUGAUGGAAGCAGAGAUGAGCCUGCGUGGUCCUCUUGUUGGAUUCCACGUCCCUCAGUGUGACGAAGAAGGGAACUUCAGGCCGAUACAAUGCCACAGCAGCACGGGCUACUGCUGGUGUGUGUAUGAAAAUGGACAGGAAGUUCCAGGGACGAGAACAGCACCUGGAACCAGUCAACCACGCUGCGGGCUCCUAGAAAGCAAUGAACGUCCAAAGACUGAUUGUGAGCAGCAGCGAGAGAGACUACAAGCUGAGGUGAGCCUGCGUGGUUCUCAGCCCCUUGGAAUCCAUGUCCCUCAAUGUGACGAAGAAGGUAACUUCAGGACUAUACAAUGCCACGGCAGUACAGGCCACUGCUGGUGUGUGGAUGAAAAUGGACAGGAAAUCCCAGGAACCAGGACAGCACCUGGAACUGGUCAGCCACGCUGUGGACCAGCAGAACAUACUGAACAUCCAAAGAAUGCCUGUGCACAACACCAUGAGAGAGUGCAAACAGAAUUGAACAAGCAUGGAUCUGAUCCUCCAACUGGAGUCUAUGUCCCCCAGUGUGAUGAAGAAGGGAACUACAGGGCAAUGCAAUGCCACAGCAGUACAGGCUACUGCUGGUGUGUGGAUGAAAACGGCCAGGAAAUUCUUGGGACCAGAAAAGGACCUGGAACCGGUCAGCCACACUGUGGGCUGUCAGAAUCGACGGAAAAUCCAAAACCACCUUGUGCGGAGCUACGGGAUCAACUACAAGCGGAGCUCAAUCUGCGUAGAGCUCGACCUGCUGUCUGGGUGUAUGUCCCUCAGUGUGAUGCAGAAGGCAAUUUCAAGCCUCUGCAGUGCCACAGCAGCACAGGGCAGUGCUGGUGUGUGGAUGAAUUGGGACGAGAAAUUCCUGGGACUAGGACUCUUCCUGGAAGCAGUCAGCCACAAUGUGGGCUGCCAGAACCCUUACAGCGUCCACAGACGGUGUGUGAGCGUUGGAGAUUCAGCCUUCUGGAACAUUAUGGUGGCAGACCAGCCAAUGACCAGUAUGUACCUCGGUGCACUGAGUUUGGGGAUUUCAGCCCUUUGCAAUGCCAUGGAAACAGUGGUUACUGUUGGUGUGUGGAUAAAGAGGGUCGAGAAAUUCAAGGAACCAGGACUGAACCUGGCACUCCACCAGCAUGUAUACCAACUGUUCCACCUCCCACUACCCAGCCGACUACAGCGUUUGUUGUGACUGCACCAUCCACGGGUGCCUUCCUUUUGUAUGCUCAGGGACAGCAUAUUGGGUACCUGCCUCUGAAUGGUACUCGGCUAAACACAGACGAAGCCAAGAGCCUGUUAGCUCUUCAUGGUUCAAUUAUUAUUGGUAUUGAUUAUGACUGCAGGGAUAAGAUGGUUUAUUGGACUGAUGUUGCAGGCCGAACUAUUAGUAGAGUUAGUUUGGAACCUGGCGCAGAACCAGAAAUAAUCAUUAAUUCAGGACUGACUAGUCCUGAAGGACUAACCAUUGACUACCUCCACAGAAACCUGUUUUGGACUGAUAGUGGAUUAGAUAAAAUAGAAACUGCUGCAGUCGAUGGAUCUAAACGGCGAGUUCUUGUUGAUACUGAUCUGGUAAAUCCCAGGGCAAUUGUAGUGGACUCUCUUAGUGGCAACCUAUACUGGACAGACUGGAAUCGCGAAGCUCCUAAAAUUGAAACUUCUCAUAUAGAUGGAACUAAUAGAAGAAUAUUAGUUAAAAAUGAUAUUGGAUUGCCCAAUGGGUUGACGUUUGACCCAUUUUCCAGACAACUCUGUUGGGCUGAUGCUGGAACCAAAGAUCUGGAGUGCAUAUUUUCAGAUGGGACAGGAAGGCGAGUGGUGCAGAGUGGUCUAAAUUAUCCUUUCAGUAUUGUUGCCUACUCAAAUCACUUUUACUACACAGACUGGAGAAGAGAUGGAAUUAUUGUUGUACCUAAAGAUGGCAGCCAGAUUACUGACGAGUACCUACCUGAUCAGAGGUCACAUCUAUACGGAAUAACUGUGGCUUACCCUCAUUGUCCACAUGGAAGAAAAUAAUGUCUCUAUUGGUAAUGACAAUUGUAUUUCAUCGUUCUACAUAUGGAGGAAAAGGAAGACUUUAUUUGGAACAGGGUGCUGCAGACAGAAGUGAAUUUUCCCCUCACACCUAUUAAGUAAGAGAACCAAACUGAAAAUGUGUUACAGAGCAACUAUAUUUGUAAGAAUUU